AGAAAAUGAAAUACGAACAACCGCGCUGGUCGUAAUAGAUCGACUCGACUUUCAUGCUAGUUCUUGCGGAAGCAUGAAAGUUCCAUUGAAGGGAAGGACGACGUACCAUGAUACUUUCUGUUUUGUCAAGCCCUGCUUUGGUCUCUGGUUUGAUGGUUGUACGUGCUAAAAAUCCGGUACAUUCCGUUUCGUUCCCCAUUCUAGUCUUUCGCAACACUUCAGGUUUACUUCUUUUGUUAGGUCUCGACUUCUUCGCUAUGAUCUUCCCAGUAGUUCAUAUAGGAGCUAUAGCCGUUUCAUUCCUAUUCGUUGUUAUGAUGUUCCAUAUUCAAAUAGCGGAGAUUCACGAAGAAGUAUUGCGCUAUUUACCAGUGAGCGGUAUUAUUGGAAUGAUCUUUUGGUGGGAAAUGUUCUUUAUUUUAGAUAAUGAAAGCAUUCCAUUACUACCAACCCAAAGAAAUACGACCUCUCUUAGAUAUACGGUUUAUGCCGUAAAGGUACGAAGUUGGACUAAUUUGGAAACAUUGGGGAAUUUACUUUAUACCUACUAUUUUGUCUGGUUUUUGGUUCCUAGUCUUAUUUUAUUAGUCGCCAUGAUUGGGGCUAUAGUACUGACUAUGCAUAGGACUACUAAGGUGAAAAAACAGGAUCUAUUUCGACGAAAUGCUAUUGAUUCUAGAAGGACUAUAAUGAGGAGGACGACAGACCCACUCAGGACUAAAGGGAAAUCCUUGUUCGAAAAAAAAAAUAGAGCUCGAACGGCACAAAAAUCCACUAACCCGCGGGAAAGGGGGAGGGGGAAAACCCAUUCAAUUGGAUGGGGACCAAUAGCCUCGAUGGUCUUAUUUCAGCCGGGCAGUCAAGGCCCCUUCGAUUGGAUCUGCUAUCCGGUCCAGUCCAGCGCUUUAGUUCCUUAAUGCAGCUGGAGGGCUUACUGGCUUUACUUAGUCCAGAAAGUGCAAAAAUAUAGAAAGUAAUUAGACGAUUCGUACCAUCAAAUAGGAGCUCGUCAGGAUAAAACAAGAGGUGAGGCAAGACUUUUCAAGUAGAUUAGUUGAGUGACCGGAGACCAGUAAGAAGAUAGAGAGAAGACAACUAGUCAAAUUACACUCUUGACCGUACCAACUAUUAUAUCUUUUCUUGUCUUUGACUAGAAGAGAUUUCUUUCGAGACCGCCCAUUCUUAUUCAUCAUACGCCACGAGAAAGCCAAAACGAAUAGAUCAAGUAGAGUAAAAAGCAUAAUAUAGGGAAUCCGAAGCUACUUGCUGGUUUAUCCAUCAUCCAAUCCAUAACAAAUCGGGUGAAAGCCUGAUACUUCUCACCUACUCAAAUGAGAUUGAAAACUACCAUUCCGUCGAAUUGGAAAAGGUUUCGAAGAGCGCGGAAGGUCAGUUCGGUGGUAAGAUCUGAAGGGGACUUCAUCAACAGAAAGAAAUGACUGAUACUCUUUCAUUUACAUCCGUUGGAAUACUUGAUGCUAGUAGAUCUACUUACACAGCAACUAGAACUAUAGAAUACGCAGUUCUUGGAACAGCAACAGAGACUAUUGAAUUUCCUGUACCCUUCCGUUGAAUAUACGUAUAUAUAGUUGCAGAAGAUUCUACUACUGGAAAAAGCCUUCUCAAACCGAUCGACCAUCCCGCAAUUCGUUCUGAAAGGUUCAUCGGUGAUGAUUUCCACUCAUUCAUCAUACUCAAAGUCGAAGUCACGGCAUGGGGGGCUCGGAAAAAUAACAAGAAUUGGUGUCGUGGUGGUGCUACGAGAUGGCGAUUUAUCGUAUAUAAGAAUAGGUAGGAAAACUAGGUACUUUAAGUACAGACGAUAGGGAUAGAGAAGGGGAGACUUUUACAGUUCCUACCCGUAUAUAAGAUAAAUGAAUUGAUUCUUCCAGUGGAUCGCAGAUCGGAGAAAGUUUACCAUUAAGAAUGGUAUUUGGGUCUGUGUUCAUCAACCAAGUCAGCGCGGGUCCGGUCAAACUGCGCUGGAAUAGUUGGACAAGUAGCUCAUUGUCGAUUCCCAUGGGCUGUAGAGUUCCGACAUACAUUCUGCCUGCUCCGAGAAAAGCCUCUUUUUAUCCUAUUUCGUUAUGCAUCCGGUUCCAUUAUACUUAUCUAUUUCUGGCCACUUAAAACCGCCUGACUUUGGGGUAUAGGGAGAUAUUCUCAAGAUCUGCAACAUCAUACUUGUCCCCACUUAACUUAUUAACUUCCCGUUCAAGGCGACGGAUCUUCUCCAUCAGAGGAUCGGACGGCUGUGGUGGGACGUAUGGCACUAUCUGAUUCAUGGGAGUGGGAGCCAAGUACACGGCCGUGUAGGAUUCUUCGGAUCUCUUCUCUUCCUCGUAUCGUAGUGAUCCACAGGUUCAGGAACUGCGCUGCGGGCUGAUUCUGAACUGGAUGGAGUACUGGGUGGGUCUACAGGUCUAGCAUCUGCUACUCUUGGUUGGCUUUGUGGUUGUGGAUCUGUGUCCCCUGAGUCGGGGUGGUAGAUGGAGGGUUUGUUCCUUGAGCAGCAGGUUCGCGAUUUACAAGUUCUCCUUAUUAGAAGUCAAAGCCCUAGAGCACAGAACUAGAAGUCACUUGCACUUUUUCUUACCGGACGAGCUAACCUAAUGAGCUUCCCUUCUACUACCGGAAAGAUAAGUUUUCCACUGCCUACGCCUACAUAUUCCACUCACUCUAUCCUCUUUCUUUAUCCUAUUCCAAGGCGAGGGAACGGGACUUCUAUCUUUCUAUACAAAGCGGGACUUUACUCUGAAGCUAACUAAAAAGAGUUCCGUGACUUCGCUCUUAGUUACACUAACUCGGAUCUCAGAACCCAACCUCGGGAAGUUCUUUACUCAACUUUCAAUAGUUGAGUUGGUAAGCUUUCUUCUUCUCAUAGUACGGAUGUUACUCACAGUAAAGUAAAGAUAAGGUAACUAGUGGGAUUCUAAGCUCUCACCCCUAUGUAGCGAAGCUCUAGUAAGUGUACUAGCUUGGCAAACCGGAGUUAUGUGUCCUCCUCGGGGAGGGAGAGGCCAGUAACCGAUUUCUAAGAAGUGCCUUUUCCGAACAAAAGAUUGAAGUUCAGCAGCAACCUUUUUUGGGGUACAUACGAACGAGGGCUUGUAUCUUUUUAAAGAAAGAGCGGGAUUCCAUGGAGGAAGCUUCCCAGGGCUUAGCUUUCUUUCCUUACUGGUGGUGUGAAAUCCCUCAAUCAGGGGGGCUACUAAGAUAAAGGGAUGGUUAGCAGAACUAGAUAGACGGAAUAUAUUACCACCUCUAGCUUCUAAGAAUUUACCUCAACUUCAGAGGAGAAUUAAUUACUUACCGGAUUACCU